CAAAAUGGAGCAAAAAAAAGAAAAUUACCAGCAACUAGCAGUACUUUAUUGAAUUUUUUUAAAAAGAAGCCUGGGCCUGACGAAAACGUAAAGAAAUUUGAUGAUACAUCACGUGAAAAAUAUCAUGUUGAAAAUAAAAAUUUGAUUCAAGCUGUCCAAGAAACAAAUAAGAGGGAACAUUUUGAUGCUCGUAAAAAUGACAUUGCUUUGUUUAUUAAACGUGAUUUAUUAUCAGACGAAGAAAAAAAUACUGUACUUACCAAUUUAUGGUUAUCAAAUCAUAAUUACAUAUUUCCAUUUAAUGAAAAAAACAAAAAAAAAGGUUUAAAAUUUCAGUAUAAAUGGCUGAACGAAUUCAAUUGGCUUGUUUAUUUGGAAGUUGAAGGUGGAGCUUUUUGUAAGCAUUGUGUUGUUUUUGCAAAAACCGGUGGAAUAGGAAAUCAAUAUUUAAAAUAUUUGGUUAGUGAAGUAUUUGAUAGUUGGAAAAAAGCUAAAGAGGUAUUUCGAAAUCAUUCUGCAUUAGAGUACCACACAUUUUCUAUUUUGUAAUCUGAUGAAUUUUUAAAAAUAUAUUUAAAAAAAGAGCCAACUAUAGUAGAAUGAUUGGAUACAGAUAGGUAUUUAAUCAUUA